AUGGGUUAUUCUUCUACAAACAUACACUUUGACUAUGAUGGACAAUAUGCGAAAUCAGGAGAUGAUUAUGAAUGGAUUCCAAGCGAUGGUCGUUUGUAUGGUAUAUCCUUUAAGACAUCAUCAUUGGAUGAGAUCACUUAUUCCUGUUUGAAGAAGAGGAUAUGCAAGAAGAAGAGGAUAGAUCCGUGUUUAAAGAGGAUGAAUCUGAGUUACAUUCCACUGGUAGUAGAACCUAAGAGGCAAUCAUAUAUUUUGGAUGAUGAAGAUGUGUAUGUGUAUCUGACAUCAGUGGAUAAAGAGGGAAGAAGAAUUAUUUUGCAUGUAGAGGUCAUCGAAGAAAUGGAGCAACAAUCAGUAGUUGAGAAAGAAAGCUCAUAUGGUGGGAACUAUAGUGAGCUUGCGAGUGGAUUACCCGAAGUUGAAGCCGGGGAAGGGGGCGUGGACAGUGAGGGCGACGUGGAUAACUCUAUGGGUGUUCGUCCUAGUUCGUACUAUGUUGAGCUCCCACGUGUUGCAAAAGAAAAACCAGUGGUUAAAGAGUGGGAAGAUGGUUUGGGUCUUCAGUUGUUUCAAGAAUUUGAGAGUAAAGAAGCUGUGAAAGAUAUUAUUGAUAAAGCAUCACAAGAGAACUGUUUCGGAAUCAGUAUUUGCAACUCGGACAGGGGUCGAUAUGUGGUAAAAUGUCGGGGAGCAGAUGAAGGUUGUAAAUGGAGUGUGAGAGCAACAAAGAUAGAUAAAUCUGAAGCGUUCUCGAUUAGAACAUACAGGAAUAUGCAUUCAUGCUCUCGCGUAACUUCAAGUACUGGAAAGAAAAGGAAAGUUACACCAAGAUGUGUUGCAGCUAUAGUGCACAAGGAUUAUCUGGGACUAUAUGAGACACCAACAGCGAAAAUCCUGGUCGGUCUGGUGCAAAGGAAACUGGGUGUGGAAGUGUCGUAUACGACAUGUUUGAGAGGAAAAAAACAAGCUGUUGCGGAUAUUCGUGGUGAUCCGGAGAAGGGAUAUAUAAUAUUGCCUGCUUAUUUGUAUAUGUUAGAGAAGGCGAACCCGGAUACAAAAACAAGUUUGGUAGUGGAUAAAAACAACCGGUUCAGAUACCUAUUUGUUGCGUUGGGAGCCUCCAUUGAAGGGUUUGAAUACAUGAGGAAAGUCAUCACUGUGGAUGCAACUUUCCUGAAGACUGUUGAAGGUGGUUGUUUAAUUAUUGCCACGGCUCAGGAUCCAAACCUUCACCAUUAUCCAAUAGCUUUUGCUGUGGUUGAUGGGGAGAAAAACGAAAGCUGGAAGUGGUUUUUUACGCUGCUGAAAACUGUUAUACCGGAUUCGACGGAAUUGGUGUUUGUUUCAGACAGAAAUCCAAGUCUGAUAAAAGCUGUUGGUGAAGUGUAUCUGAUGUCUAAACAUGGGUAUUGUAUCUGGCAUCUUAUUGCAUGUCUACAUGGGUAUUUAUCUAUAUCAAACUUCCUGCAACUGCACGUCUUCUGUUGCAAAUCCACAGAAUAA